AUGGCGAAGUAUAUGGAGAUGUUGGAUGUUGGUGUGAGAAUCGCUGCAAGAUUUCACUCUCAUUGCCCGCAGACUGCUCGCAUGUACUACCACCCUCCAGCUAACACCGAGGACCACCACAACCAUCACCAGGACCACCACCAUCAUGGCAGCGGUACCGGCAACGUUUGUAGUGAUGACAGGGUAGGUUUUUUGGCCCCAAAGGCAGCCUUGGGGGUGGAUGCAAAAGAUUUCAUUCUUUUUUCAGUUUAA